CUCGUUCUUUUCUCUCUCUUCAGUCCCGCGUAUGCCCUCCUCUUCCUCCGUUUUUCUUCCUAUCGCCGAUUCUCUCCCUCUUCUUCCCGUUUUUCGCGGUGGUUCGGAUGGGAAAUGGUAGUCGGCACUCUGUUUCCUCGCGUUGCCGUCUCGCUGAAGUUCCACCAACACCGCCACACUCUUCGUCUAUCGGUUUCUCUCGGUGUCGUAAGUCCUCUAUCCAUCUUUCAGUGCUCUCUUUGCCCCUAUUUUCCCGCUGUCUCGCAUUUGGGUUUCUUUGGGUUUUCUCAAGAUAUGAUCUCGGGUUCUCUGAUUUCUCAGUCUGACGGGCAUGGGAGCUGACUUUCUGAGGUUUUGGCACCUGGGUUUUUUUAUUUUAGACAUGGGUUUGGGAGAUAAUGCGGUAAUGAAGUUAUAGUGUUUUGGUCAACUUCGGUUGAUUAUGAUUUAUGGUUUUUACUUCUUUAACGUGUUAAGCUUCUGAUCCUUGUCGAUUUUGGAAGAUUAGGAGGAGAAUUUUGUAAAUAAUCAGAGUGAUUUCAUGUUUAUGUUUUGAAGGUGGAUUUUGGUCUUGGUGUGCAGCGAAAGUUAGGUUUUUUUAGACGAGUUAUGCUUUUGUUACAUCUGUGUUUCGGAUGGGAAGUGGUGAUUGAGAGAUAGGCACUUGAUUUUGGAGGUGGGGUUUAAGAAAUCUGGGGUUGGCAAGUCCUUGAACGACGAGAAAUGGACAGAGUGAUUCAGCCUCCUCUGUGUCAGCCUUUCUCCCCAAACAAGAACACAGCUCCUCCAAAUGCUAAAAACACAGCUCCAUCUCCGCAUUGACAAUCCCAACCAUCACAUUCACACUCCAAGCCUCCCUCCGAGGCUCUCGCACCGGACCAUCUGAUUCUGCUCAAUCUUAUCACCGAAGAAACGUUCAUCAAUCUCCUGACGAAUGUCCCAGCUCGUGUAGAUCUAACUGCCGCCCCAUGGCUGCAAUAAUGAGCUCAGCAAAGGCAAAGAGAUUCUUGUUGAGAAGAGUCCUGCAGAGAGCAGAUAAAAAAUCCUGCAGGGAGCAGAUAAAAAAUUCUAUUAGUCCUACCUUGGAAUGGGCUGUUUUUGGGAAAAAGCGAUGCGUUGGUGCGAUUGAUGGGACCAUGAUAUGAACAAGAUCGUGCUUUCUUGGAAAUGGGUUCUUUUAGAUUUCAUUCAUAAGUGCAACAAUGUGAGGUCCUUCAUGCAAAUCCAUGCGCAAUUAUUAACAUCCGGUGUCGUUCGUGACCAGUUGGUUGUUAACAGAGUUGCAGAGUUCUUUGGAAAAUUUGCAAAUUUUAGUGAAUAUGGUUGUGAUCUUUUAAAGCAAAUUGAUUGGAGCAUAAGUUCAUUCCCAUAUAAUUUGAUGAUAUCAGGCUAUGCUGGCAGUGACACGCCAAGGGCGGCAGUUCUGGUCUAUAGACGGAUGAUGAGAAAUGGAUUUAUGCCUGACAUGUACACUUUUCCUGUGGUUCUGAAAUCUUGUGCUAAGUUUUUGGGGAUUGGGGAGGGUAGACAGGUUCAUGGGGUGGUUGUAAAAAUGGGGUUUUUGAGCGAUCUAGUUGUGCAAAACUCACUCGUCCAUUUCUACGGUGGCUUUGGUGAUUUUCGUGUUGCUAGUAUGGUGUUUGAUGACAUGCAUGUGAGAGAUGUGGUGUCUUGGAGUUGUUUGAUAUCUGGGUAUGUGAGGGCAGGGUUAUUUGAUGAGGCUGUAGCUUUAUUUUUGCGGAUGGAUGUGAAACCAAAUAUAGCAACGUUUGUCAGCAUGCUUGUGGCUUGUGGCCGAAUGAGGCAUUUGAGCUUGGGGAAGGAAAUUCAUGGAUUGAUGGUUAGAUGUGUAAGGGUGGAUUUGGUGGUAGGCAAUGCCAUCAUGGAUAUGUACGUUAAGUGUGAGUGUUUGUGUGAGGCAAAGCAGAUCUUUGAUGAGCUCCCUGAGAUAGAUAUUGUAUCAUGGACUACUAUGAUUAGCGGCUUGGUGCAAUGUAAACGUCCCAAAGAGUCAUUACAAAUGUUUCACAAAAUGCUUGCAUCAGGCAUUGAACCUGAUAGGCUUCUCUUGACUAGUGUGCUGUCAGCUUGUGCCAGUCUCGGGGCUCUUGAUUAUGGCAGAUGGAUCGACGUGUAUAUUGAUUUUAGAGACAUCAAAUGGGAUACUCAUAUUGGAACAACUAUGAUCGACAUGUAUGCAAAGUGUGGCUGUGUAGAGAUGGCAUUAUGGACUUUCAAUGAGAUGCCUUUCAAAAAUGUCUAUACGUGGAAUGCCUUGCUUGGUGGUUUAGCAAUGCAUGGACAUGGGCGUGAGGCGCUCAAACAUUUUGAAGAAAUGAUUAAAUCUGGUAUGAGGCCAAAUGAGGUGACAUUUCUAGCCAUUUUGACUGCUUGCUGCCAUUCUGGCUUGAUUGAUGAAGGUCGCAGGUGCUUUUAUCAAAUGAUAAGUCAAGAACAUAAUCUUUCUCCAAGGUUAGAACACUAUGGAUGCAUGGUUGAUAUGCUCUGCAAGGCUCAACUCCUGGAUGAAGCUCAGGAGCUGAUAAAAACUAUGCCCAUGCCACCUGAUCUGCUGAUAUGGGGAGCUCUUCUUAGUGGUUGCAAGGCCAGUGGGGCUGUUGAACUCUCUCAAGAAAUAUUAGACAGCCUCCUGGAACUGGAGUCUCAAGAUAGUGGGGUAUACGUGCUUCUUUCCAACAUACAUGCUACUGAUCAAAGAUGGGCUGAAGUAACGAGAAUACGGAGGUUGAUGAAGGAGAAGGGUAUAAAAAAAGCCCCUGGAUCAAGUGUUAUAGAGGUGGAUGGUAAGGUUCAUGAAUUUUUUGCUGGAGAUGCUAGCCACCCUCAAAAUGAGGAUCUUCAUUAUUUGUUAAAUAUCCUUUCUAGUAAUCUCUAUCUUGAAGGGCAUUUUUCAGACCCAUUCUAGGUUAAGGUGGGUAUGCUUUUAUUGCGAAGUUGAAGAGUCCCUUUUUUGUUUCAUUUUUUUAUGUAACAUUCUGACAACUUCUGCCAUUUUCAUGUUCUCAGAAAUAGUACUUUGGUGUUCCAUUAAGGGACUUGUUUGAUACUGCAGCCGUCAUCUGAUAAUUUUGAUAAUCAAUUUGACAGGCAUGUAUAAAAGAGCAAUAGAUUUGAGCAUGACUGUUACUGCAAA